UCCUGUCGCGGCUGCGCCAGCCCGUGUGACCGCGCAAACGUGAGUCUGCUCUUCGGCUUUUCUCUCCUCGGAGUUUCCUCGGCGGCCGGUUAUUCGCGUACACCUGUCCGCUCAUUUUCUUCCCGCGAAUUUCUUAUCGGGACAACGACCGAUACGCGAGAUCGGAACCAGUUCCUCUUGGUGCAAUUUUUUGGGAACCGUUCGCGACUUCGACGUUUCAUCGAAGACCGAAGAAAUCGAGUUGUUCGUACCGGUUUGGUGCUUUUUCUUUGUACGCUUUAUCGAGAGAAAAAGCAGAGUUUCAGAUUGAUCGUGCAAUUUCUUUAUCGCGGCUGAUUCGUGUUUUGACUCGGGAUAUGUGUACCACGUGUGGUGAGCCCGCGAAUCCACCUGCUGCUCCUACUGAAUGGGAUUAGAUGAGGCACGACGGAUGGCCUGAGCCUCGGAGCAAGUCUUCAUGGAUCGUUCACGAAAAUCGAGAAAUGACCGGAGUCCCGCAGAACUUCCGUGGCGCCGCCGAUGUUCGCCACGUCGCGGCAACAUGACGGUCAAGAAUUUCGGAUCGAUUCUAGCUUUGACAAUGCUGACCGCGGCCAGUGUCUCCUGUACCCACGUGCCAGACAAGUAUCCCAUCGAAGUGUAUCAUAUGCUGAGGGAGAAAACACAGUUCGGUCUUAGCCGAGAUAAUCGCAUAAGAGGAAGCUGGGGUCCGUGGAGUUCCUGGAGCGAGUGUUCCAGGACCUGCGGGACUGGUAUUCAGUCUCAGUCACGCGAGUGUGUACCUUACCAGAGACUGUUAAGGAAACGAAGCAUUAUCAAGGAGAACGGAACGAGCAACCCGCGGCCCAUUUGCAUCGGCACAUACAAGAGAUACCACACGUGCAACACGCAGAAAUGUCCAAACUUCUCGGAGGACUUGCGGGCGGAACAAUGUGCCAAAUACAACGGAAGAAACUACAAGGGCGAGAGCUACGAUUGGGUCCCGUUUUUGGACGCACCAAACUCUUGCGCGCUCAAUUGCCGUGCCGUCGGCGAGCGUUUUUACGCAACGCUUGAACCGGCAGUAAUGGAUGGCACACCCUGCGACGCGCCAAAUCUUCGUGGGCAUAAUACAGGAAUUUCUAUGGAACGUACAGAACGUUGGCUCUGUGUCGCCGGACAAUGCAAGCCGGUAGGUUGCGACGGUGUGGUGGGUUCUGGCGUCACCAUGGACGCUUGUGGUGUCUGCGGUGGCCAGGGUAAAGGUUGUAGACUGUACGAGGGUAUUUUUAUGGAACCAAUCCUGCCUAGGGGUCAUCAACCUGUGACCACCAUUCCUAAAGGAGCCAUGUCUCUCAACAUCUCCGAACUACGUUUCAGUAGUAACUUCUUAGCGUUGAGAGACAGCAACGGUAGCUACAUCCUGAAUGGGCCGUUGGCUUAUAGUCCAAGCGGCACUUAUAAAGCGGCUGGCACGACAUUAACAUACCAGAGGGGUGACAGAAACCGUAUGGAGUGCAUCUUGGCGACCGGACCACUGAACGAUUCUUUGCAUUUAGAGAUUCUGGCUCAAGAAAUGAAUCCGGGAGUGCUUUACAAGUACAUGAUGCCAUUAAAGGAAGGGUCAAAUGGAAGAGCGAUGAUAGCACCUCCUCUUUUCGUGACAGGAUCCGUCGAUCGUGGCAACGAAAUUCCUGACUCGGAUGCUAGAGUAGCUCUGACUAUCCCAGUGACCAGAAUAUUCAAUCAGAAAAUCGACGUGUCAGCGAGGAAUCACGGUCAAACACGAGUCCACGAAGAAGGACGAAAGGAAGAGAUGAAACAUCCGCCGACCACGGUGAUGGCCGGUGAUCAGCCAAAGCUAAAACCCAAAAAGAAGAAACGAUUGAAAUUCGCGUGGAAAGUAUUUGGAUUGACUCCUUGUUCCAAGGAAUGCGGAGGAGGUAUUCAAACAGCGAUCUUCAAGUGCAUUCGCGAGAUCAACCAGAUGAUCGUGAACGACAAACGUUGUCGUAACGUGGGAAAGCCUCAACAUCCCCCUCCGUUACGUUGCAACGAAAACCCUUGUCUACCUAGAUGGAGACCCGAACCGUGGGGCGAGUGUUCGGUCAGCUGCGGUACCGGUACGAGGACGCGAAAAUUAGAAUGCGUACAGGAACUGAACGCAAAUUUAACGAUGCGAGUCGCAGCGGGUGCGUGCGUUCAACCACCGGACCUGAAGACCGUGGAAACCUGCACGAAACCGGCUUGCACAAAUAGCCCGGAAUUGAGGCACAUGCACAUGCACUCGCAACACGACGCACCAAGAUGGGACGUUGGCACCUGGAGUUCGUGCUCGACAACGUGUGGUAAAGGAUUUCGAAAUCGGACGGUGACUUGUAUCACAUCUGGCAAGUCAUGUCCAGCAUUUAAUAAACCUGAAUCUCAAAAAGUUUGCGAGUCCGCACCUUGUACGCACGCAGGUGCGGAACAACGGGCUCCUUGGUUGUACUCAGAGUGGUCGUCCAAGUGCUCCGCGGAGUGCGGUAAAGGAGUGGAAACGAGACAAGUCGCUUGUGCCGAUGGCAGCGAAUUGUUCUGCAAUCCCAAAGAUAGACCGGAAACGGAGAGGCAGUGUUUCGGUAAAGGAACUAACUGCGAUAGCGCCAAAUGGUUCACCGGACCUUGGUCCCUGUGUUCCGUGUCUUGUGGAGUGGGUGUCCAGUAUCGAGAAGUCCUUUGCUUGGCAAGGACGAACAACGAAUUCGUUGUGUUGCCAGCGAACAACUGCAACGACUCGAGGCCAGCAAACGAGCAAGUAUGCAGAACGACCGAGUGCGCACCAACAUGGUUCACCUCGGACUGGUCGAAGUGUUCGGUGACCUGUGGCACCGGAGUGCAAAGCAGAAUGGUUCGCUGCAUCCUCGAAGGCGUCACCACCACGAGUUGCGUUGAAGCUACGAAACCGAAGGAGCAACAACAAUGCGACUUGGAUCCGUGUAAAAAGGAGCCUGUACUUCCCAGCAAACCACCGAAAAAAGCCUUAGAGACGGCGGAAUGCAUCGACAAACAUCCAAAUUGUGCGUUGGUGAUGAAGAACGGUUUGUGUCGGAUAAAGUACUACAAGUAUUCGUGUUGUCGUUGCCGCGAGUAGUAAUGAAUCGACUUCGCGCGUAGAUUCAUUCUCGACAGAUAUAAUCGUAUGUAUUCGAUCGAACUCGUAGUUCUCUGACCUUUAGUUCAAUGUAACGCUUCCAUUGAAACGGAAGAAUCGUGGCAAUUAAUAAGACUGUUUACGAAGAGGCGACACGUAUCACGUAUUAAUUUUAUUUAACACGAUAAUCAACCAACCACGCGUAGCUCUAUUCCCUCUGUCAUCUUGCUCUCGCGUGGCAGACUGCGAAACAGCGAUUAUUUAAUUCCCUUCGGACAUUAACCCAGAAAGUGGAAUCGUAGACGAAAAUUCAUGAAUCUAGAGGAAUCAACUAGUCGAAGUAGAUGAAAAUCGAGGAUGUUAAAAAAUAAAGUAUUUUUUACGAGAGAGAACAUGCACGAUACUCGUAUCGUACUAUAUACACGCAUGUCAGGCGUGUGGACAGCUACAGGGGCGUAAUUUUAUAAUUGCAGUGAACACUCGGUGGAAUUUGCAGUUAACUUCUCUUAUCGACCUUUCGACACGAAAGGGAACUAAUUUGCAAAAAUUCGUUAAUUUUUCAUCGCGUGAUUGGAAAGUUAAUUUAGAUAAUUCUAAAUCACUGGAGUCUUGAAUCUCUAAAUCCCUGUAUUCGAAAAAUCCUAUGUAAUCCGAGUUUCCUAUAUCUAAACUCUGUAGGACCGAAGGUGAUUGUUACGCUCCUGGAUAAAUUGCGAUCCAUUUGCAUGCAGGCUCGUCUCGAAACCUGUACGGCCGUGUAUCCACUUAGGUAAAGUUGCGAGGUUGUUCACGUACGCGCGAAACGAAAACGGGUUCGAGCGGGCACGCAGUCUGGUGUCACCGCGAAAACAAGAAACGCAAGAAGAAAAAGGGAAACGUGUCGGUCGAUACGAUACGGCUACAUGUGCUCUCUCGAUAUAUACUUGGAUAGGUAGGCUGUAUUAGUCGCGAAACAUUAUUUAUCCCGUCCGUGCGCCCGUAUCGGUGAAGCCGGACGACGAUGGCUGACUUGCCACGGGUAAUUUCUGUUAUCGAGCAUUUAAUUAACAUAUCGAGCCAAGCAGAUCCGGCAAUUUUGAUUUACGAGCCCGGACUCGUUAACGAAUUCAUCCGUGACACGAGCAACAGGACAAUCCUGAAAUGGACAUAGUCUUUUGUUUCCUCUUGGUCCGAUGGACAGACACGAGAAACCCGUUGCCGAAAUUAUUUCGUUCUGGAUCGAUUAACACCUUUCGUGCUGUAAAGUUUCCCUAUAUGGCUCUAAACGAGACUUUGAUUGUCAAAGACCUAUCGUCGGAAUUUUGUAAAUGUGAAAACCAUGAUGUACGAAAUGUGUUAAUUAACAUUGUCGUAUUAAAAUAUCAUCGUUCUGCGUAAUCAACAUUAACCGAUCUAUUCUCAAUAUAAGUUCUAGCGUUAAAGAUAGCCAUAAUAAAUAUAUGCUUGACCGUGUAGAAAAAUUGAUAAAACUGUAAACUGAUCACUGUAGAAACUGUAUUUAAUUUUCGACAAGUUCACUCGCGAUAGUUUCUCGAUGUUUUAUUAAUCAUUUACGGGACAACUGUUCGUAAAAAUGUUCGAAGACAUGUUGCAUUGAAUAUCGAUGAAAUUGAACUUAGGUAGCAUUCUAUAAUGAUCGAUAGGAAACUGCGUGGGCAAUCAAUCCUUAGUGUCAAUUAAAUCGCAAUUCCGGUUUGCCUUCUCGAUGGCCAAGGAAGUCUGCGAAAUACCAUUGCCGUACACUUUGAUCCGCUUUAAUAUCCCCUCGAGAAGCUGUUCUAAUUUCUGUUGCAAUUAUAAUUCGUUUUCAAUAAACCUUACGUUCUCCUUGUA